ACAACUUCCUAACAAAAGUCUUGGUAUCUAAGAAUCAGAAACUAGUAAUCCAAGUCUAGUAAUCCAAGUGAGUCGAUCAUGAAGAAAUUCAGGUCACCGGAAGUGGAAUCGUGUGGCGAGGCUCAAAUGGCCAACGCAUCAACGAUGGAUGCGGAAAUGGAUACAGAUUUGAAUUUGAAACGUAAAAUGGCAAAAGAUCGAAUGACUGAUCUAUCAAAUACGGUCAAAGUGCCAGCCCGUUGCAAGGAUCAAAAGCAAUUGUCGAGCUUGACCGAUUUGAAAUCGAAAAUGCAAAAAGAAAAGCAAUCCCCAUCCCCAUCCGACCACCAGGAGCCGUUCGACAAAAUACCAAAGAAAUCAUCUAAACAGAAAAUACGAAUUCCAUUGCUGUCCGAUGACCAGUUGACGGGCCUUAAUCCCCCUUGCGACGCCGUUGGUGAACUCGGCCAUGGAAACGAAUCUAACAUGUCGCACAAAAUGAAACCACAGAGCAAUGGAUACUCCACCAAUGACGAUCGGGAGUAUGAGCAUUCUGAGAGUGAAAAUGAUACGGAGGAGAACUGCAGCGAUUAUGUUAGCGGUGGCUAUCAUCCGGUGGCCAUUGGCGAUAUCCUCGCGAAACGCUAUCAUGUCUUCAAAAAGCUGGGCUUGGGUAACUUCUCCACCGUGUGGCUAUGCUAUGAUUCCCAGAUGGAUCGCUACUGUGCCGUCAAGGUGGCCAAUUCGGAAUCAGAUGGUACCGAUGAGGUAGUGCUCUUUGAAAAGCUACACGAUAACCAUAAGUACAGAAGCCACGUGGUCGGUUUCUACGAUUACUUUGAAGUCGCCGGACCGAACGGAACCCAUGUUUGCCUGGUCCUAGAGGCUCUUGGUGACAAUCUGCUAGAUCUCAUGGAAAGAUGCACUGACAAAGGUUUGCCCAUCUGCAAUAUCAAGCAAAUUGCCCAGCAGGUGCUCACGGGCCUACACUUUAUGCACGACGAGUGCAGGCUCAUACACACCGAUCUGAAGCCGGAGAACGUGCUGCUGGCGUCCAACGAGGGGAUCCUUCGGACCGAGGCCAGGAAGGCAAUUGAAGUAUAUUUGGAGGCCAACGAGGAAAAGGAAACACCUUGUAGCUCCAAGAUGACCAAUACGGACAAGGGACGGAUGCAGCCAAAGACCAAGGAGGCUUUAUCGUUCUUCAGGAAUCAUCGCCGGUUGCUCCGCAGGCAGGGCAUCGAGGAUCUGCUGCAUCUGGCCGAACGUGGCCUCAUCGAACCGAUCACCGCCGCCAUGGCCGUCUCCGAUAACUUACCCUGCAUUCCCUUCGGGUUCGACGGUCUUAAGAUGAUGAACGAUAGCGAUUGCCAGACGGUGCGCAAUGCCAAGUUGCCCGAAAUGAAGGACAUGAUAUACGAAAGCGACAAGAUAAGGCUGUGCUUAAAGAGUCCGGAGCUCUUCUUGCGACAUGUGCUGGGCAUUAUCAAGAAUUUGGAUAAGAAGGAGCUUCGCACACAGGCCAAUCGGAUGCAGGCCAGUGAACGUGGCCAGACCAAGAAGAAUGCCACGUCGUCAUCGACUGCUUAUACGACUGAAACCGGUUGCCGACCGAAAAGAAGACUCAAUUUGAACGAUAUUUACCCCAUCGACCCGGCCAACAAGGAAUGCGAGGUACUGGUGAAGAUAGCCGACUUGGGCAAUGCGUGUCAUUUCAAUCAUAAGUUAAUCGACAAAAUCCAGACACGGGAGUACCGUGCCUUGGAGGUGAUACUCGGUGCGGGAUAUUCCGAGACCGUCGACAUCUGGAGCGUGGGCUGUCUGCUGUGGGAGCUGGCCACCAAGACCUAUCUAUUCGAUACCCAGUCGAAACGGGGCAAGGGCGGUAAGGAUGAGGCCCAUCUAGCAAAAAUCAUCGAGUACUGUGGUCACAUACCGAGAGAUCUCAUCCGCAACGGCAAACACUCGCCGAAUUUCUUCAAGGCCAACGGCGAACUAGUCAACAGAGAAAGCCUGAGGCCCACUAAACUGACCAAUUUGCUAAUCACAUGCAACGGAUGGACGACUCGCAAUGCCACGAAAUUCGUGGAUUUCCUAAUGCCCAUGCUGAAUACCGAUCCAUUGAAGCGCACCUCCGCUCGCAAAGCCUUGGGUAGCCGCUACUUAUGCAACAUUGUCGUUCGUGGCAUUGAACGUGAAAGCAAGGACUGCAAGCAUCCCAAGAGCGAGAAAUUAAGCGAUGAGGACAACGGGAUCGACUCUAAGGAUGAGGACAACAAAGGCGACCCCAAUACGUUAUAUUAAAGAACAGCGAACAUGGCUAAUGUUCCAAAGGAUGGAAACAUUCCAUAUAUUAGCCAGUAAUCCAUUUAACCCAUAUUAGCUUUUUGAAGAUAUAAUAAAUAAUU